GGGCUUUGGCGCGGACGGGUGCGUGCGCGCUCUUGGGAACUGAAAAGCGUCGACGAGGCGCGCGCUGUAGCAGUCGACUGAGCGUCUCCCCUCCGAAAGUAUGUUUAGUGGGGAGGGGAGAGGUCUUAUGUUAGUGGAAAUGGUAAAAUAAUAAUAAUAAAAAAAAAACGUUUGGUGUGUUGAAUAGUGAUUAAAAUCACUCGGAGGAUAGGGAAUUGUACAUUUGAAAAGGAAAGCAGGAAACAAAAAGAAACAUUUGUCAAAUCUGGAUGGAAGAAUUUUAAGCAGCUCUUGUCCCUUUGGAAAUUGAGCAGGCCCUCAACAAUGCACCUUAAACCAUACCCAGUGUUUCAGAAGAAAGAGCUGUUGUUGGAGGCAAGCCAAGACAACUUAAGGGGCAUUCAUACAAGUCAGCACCGAGUCUUGAGAUCAGAUCGAUUUCCAUCAACUUACUUCACUCAUCCACAUUGUUCAGCUGGGUGUGUCUCUGGUAGUGGAGCAUCCUGCCGAUGCCCGUUCGCAGUUAUUUCCACGAAUUCCAUGUGUAAAAGCUCCUUGGGCACUAAAUCCAGUGGUGAUGGUACCAGCAUACGGGGGAAAAAAAGCAAAGUAACGUUUGUGAAUUCUUCAGCUAAGUCUUUGUUAGUUCUUGCAUCUGAAAAUGAAGAUUUUGUCUCGGUGCCUCAGGAGGAGGAAGCAGAUGGUUCUCUUGACAUAUGGGCGGUGAUCAAACCUGGAAACACCAAGGAAAAAAUUGCUAUAUUUGCUGCCCACCAAUGUAACAGUAGUGCUGACAUGAGCAAGAGUGGUAGCGUCACCAGUUGCAGCAAUCGAACAAUAUCGAUGAAAAUCAAAGGAUGCUGGGAUGUUGAAGGAUCUGUAGCCAAGAGAAGAAAGCGGUCUCCAGAAGAGAACAAACCCCAAGAAAAUAACCAAGUGAAGGACAGUAAAAUAUCAGUAGUCCACCGUUUACCAUGUCGUAAUGCUAGAGAUCCAUCUUUUUGCUUAGGCACCAAUGGAGAAGGAUCACUUGUGGUGGAGGGAGAGGAAGCCAUGAAGUCAAUGUCUGUAGUGGAAAUGGUUGCUUACCUUGAACAAAGAGCUAGGGCUCUUCUCUCAGAUUGCAACAAACAUUGUUCUGUACGAUCUAGUUGUAUUGGUCAAACUAAAGAGCAAUGUGGAGCUCCUUUGCAGGAUCCUGCUGAUGGGAGCUCUGAAGAAUCAUCUGGGGAGUGUGUUAGAGUGCUGGAAAUGGUGGCAAAGUUGGAAUCCAAGUGCCUAAAUAGAAGGUGUGAAAGAGAGUCUGGAGGACUUUCACGAAACAAUAGCCUGCGACGCAAUGUAGGACGGGUGCUAUUAGCAGGCAGCCCUUGUCCUGCUUUUACUGUGCAUCAACAAGUUUCUGAAUUGGAGUCUUCAAAAUCUCAUAAGGAAAGCUCUCUGGAUUGCUGUUCUGUCUCCGAUCCAGUGAAGAAGGCUGAAGUUGCAGUCCACUGUGAAAUGGGUGGUACAGAAAACCCCAACAUGCUCUUCAGGAAAAAAGAGUGUUCCCUGGUUAUAAGUAGAACAGUCCAUGAGAAUUUAGACUCAAGGCUAGAAAAAGGGAGGGAAGAGGCUACUCAGAUAGGAGAUCCACCUGAAAAAGAGGACCUGCCGCUGGACAAAAUUGUAGGGAGUGAGACCCACGUCGGCUAUCGUGAGGAGCCACUUCCUGGUAUGCUGUUCUUCAAACCAACAUCACAGUUGGUUGGUCCUGGGCAACUAUCUGAGUCACUAGAAAAUAUCAAAUCUCCUUUGGACAAUAAUAUUCCACUGCUCAAUUUAGUCACGGACGGCUCCAAGUUAAACAUUUUGUCAGAAGCUGACCCUGAAGAAGAAAAGAACUGGGGUACGGUUCCAGUGCGGGAGCCUUUUCCUUUAAGGAGGCUGGUGUCGCAUGAAUUCUUAGAAAUGCGUUUUAAGAUUCAGCAACUUUUGGAGCCACAGCAAUACAUGGCUUUUCUGCCCCAUCACAUUAUGGUAAAAAUCUUUUGCUUUCUGCCAACAAAGACAUUGGCUGCACUUAAGUGUACCUGCCAUUACUUUAAGUUUAUCAUUGAGAAUUAUAACGUGCGCCCAGCUGACUCUCGCUGGGUUUGUGACCCCCGCUAUAAGGAUGAUCCCUGCAAGCAGUGCAAAAAGCGUUAUGGGCGUGGUGAUGUUUCUCUUUGCCGUUGGCACCCAAAGCCCUAUUGCCAAGCCCUGCCAUAUGGUCCUGGUUACUGGAUGUGCUGUCAUGGCUCACAGAAGGAUGCACCAGGAUGCAAUGUGGGUCUUCAUGACAAUCGCUGGGUCCCUGCUUUUCACAGCUUUAAUAUGCCAAUUUACAAGAAAGUGAAAGAAGUGGAGGAAGAAGUGUCGUCUUGAGAUUUACUGCAGUGCUAUAGUGUGUCUGUGUUUGUGUAUGACAGAAGCUCGCAACAUUAAAAAGAAAUCACUGAAGGGGGAAUAAAAAAAAAAAAAUCACUGGGAGAGAAAAAACCCUUUAUAUCUGGAAGGUGAUGUCUGUGCUGUAGCCAGUUGGUGUUCUAAUCUAUCAUUGUAUUAAGACAUAAACACGGGGCUUCGAGUAUACAUUUGAUUUAUGAAAUUUAAAAAUCAUGUUUAUCUGAGAAUACCAUAAAGUAAUGUGACAACUUCUACCAGCUUCCAAUAGAUCACACGUAGUGAUCUGCUGCGGCUAGCAAGAAUAAAAUCUAUAUAUUUUAUAGACGUAGCCCUUUAUUUAAUUAUGAGCGAGUGGAACCCCUUUAUUUUGCCCACUACUGUUUACAAUGUAUAUAAUAAUGGGCAAGGAGUGGUGUAAAUGCCGGUUUGAGAGUCUCCCAUGAGUGAGUUGUGCACAGGAUUUUACUCAGUCAUGUAAAUGUUAUAAACAUUAUAGAAUUCAAGUUGUACAUUGAAAUAUAUCUGGCAAAGCCAUUAACCAGUACAGCAAAGAAAUUUUCCCAUUAUAGCUGCUGUUUUACCUUUUUGUUUUCUCUUUUAUUUGCAAACUGUUUCAGAAAUGAAACAUUAAAAAUAUAAAGUUGGGUUAUAAACUCAGUUUUGGGCUUUAUGUUGGCUGAAAUGUGCAAAAUUGGGAGCUACGAACAAAGAAGAAAGAAAGCAAUCACCUGUGUAUUAAAGCAUUAUUUUAUAAUAACGUGUCACAUGAAACUUUAAAUGAACUCCAAGGCCAAUUAGCUGCUCCUUUUGAAACAUUGUACUUUCUUGGAUCCUGAAGAACUCUGCAGCUGUAAAUUUCUGAGAUUUUCUUUGAGUAAGCAUAAGUCAUCAAGGGCUAAACAGUCACUUUAGUGUGUUUCUGGCUCGGGGGAAAAUGCAAUUUCUAGACAAACUUUUUAUACAAAUGUAUAUUAAAUUAGGUGUGACAAAUCAGCACGGGAGGUUUAGCUUAACAUUCAAGCAGAGUGCAUCUUUUUUUUUUUUUUCCAGCCAUUUUAUUUUACAUUGGAUGAGGUAUUUUUUUUCUGAAAGAUAAAGCUGAUCAUUUCCUGAAUGCUUUGUCCCAGUCAGGUAAGUGAUGUCCCUUUCAUGCCAUCGUUUAUAAAGUGGACUAAUCAGCAACUGCAAUGCUUCAGCUUUUCUGUGAUAUACUUGAAAAUGUGACAUUUACUAUUACUACUACUACUACAAACAAACUGGGGUUUUCACUCCACUGCAUGACAUAGGUUGUGAUAUUUUUGAACAGCAGCCCAUUUAACUGUUGCAGGUACUCUGUAUUUGCCUGAUGUUCGCAUUACUGGUUUUGCAUACUAAUUUCCUUCCUUGUCACUUCAGCUGCCAUUUUGUCAAGCUGAAUUUGGUAAGAAAGGAAGUGUAUGGUGCUUUGUAGCAUUUUCAUGGUGGAGAUAACCUGUUCACAUACCCAGGUGCAGAAAUUGGCUUCUAGUGAACUCUGCAGUUUCAGCUUAUUUUUACUUCUGUUUGUGUAAAAGUUUUAUUUGACCUUUUCUUGUAUUAUGUUUACUGCAGAGGGUUUGCACAAUUCAGGAAUCCCUUGUAUAUGCAGUUUGUGGAUUAACAUGUACAGUAUUCAGUUUGUAUUUUAAUGUGUUUUUGUUCUGUUUGGGUGAAAAAUAAACUGUAUAAAUAAACAAAACACUACACCCUGGAAUAAAUGUCUUGUAUAUGUUAACUUUGUUUAUUCCCCUUAGCUUUCAAUUUGUUGUCAUUCUUGUUACUUGACAGGGUGGUUCAUUAGAGUUGUGGUGGUGAAUUCCUUUGGUGCUAUCUGAUCACAUUUUAACUUGUAUUCCACACAUUUUUGAAACAAUAUGUAAUAAGGUGCACAUCAGUCACAGAAGGUUGAUAUUUUGUCCUUGUUAUGUUUUUGGGGCCCGUCUUGGCCAACUUUGUUCUUCACCCGUCACUUUUUUUUCAUUAUGCCAAGAUUAAAAAGAUUGUCACUAAGUUACAUUACUCACUAGUAGAGUGCUAGCAACAGUGGCGGUGUGCUGAUCGUAUUAUCACGUUGCUCUUCGACACAUACACUCCCACUUUUUAAGAAGCCUUCUUCGAGUCCGUAGGUAGCCUUUGUUCGUAUUUUAUAGUAGUUAUUGAACCAAGGACGUUACACU